CGAAUCUUCGUUGUGCCGCUUCAGAGUUCAGCUUCCGUCUCUUCGGUUCUUCGACCGUUGAAGCGAGCAGAAGCGAGCGAGCGUCGUACGUGUGGAGGGGACAGCGUAAGAUCGAUCAACGAACGAUCGAUCGGAACAGCAGAGCUUGUCGGAGACGGUUCCUCGUUAGCGAUUAAUUUGAGGAUCCGUUUUUAAUACAACCAGCAAAAAUGACGGCGAUACCCGGAACGAUGGCAUUUGAUGAAUACGGCCGGCCCUUCAUCAUCAUCCGUAAUCAGGAAAAGCAGCAACGCCUCACCGGUCACGAUGCGAUCAAGUCGCAUAUUUUGGCAGCUCGCAACGUAGCCAAUAUCCUUCGAACAUCAUUGGGUCCUAAGGGCUUGGAUAAAUUGAUGGUGAGCUCCGACGGGGAUGUCACUGUGACCAAUGACGGUGCUACGAUUCUGAAGAAUAUGGAUGUAGACCAUGAGAUUGCCAAGUUGAUGGUUCAGUUGUCGCAAUCUCAAGAUGACGAAAUCGGCGAUGGCACUACCGGAGUAGUGGUCCUGGCUGGCGCUCUACUGGAGCAAGCCGAACAACUAUUGGACAAGGGAGUCCAUCCAAUCAGGAUAGCGGAUGGUUUUGAAUUAGCUGCCAAAUGUGCUACCGAACAUCUCAAAACAAUUGUAGAUAAUUUCAAAGGGACGCCAGAUAAUCUGGAGCCUUACAUUGACAUUGCCAUGACAUCGCUCGGCUCAAAAAUUAUUAAUAAGUAUCACAGACAAAUGGCAGAGAUUGCGGUACAAGCUGUAUUAGCGGUUAUGGAUCCUGUCGAGCGUGAUGUUAAUUUCGAGCUGAUCAAGAUAGAGGGAAAAGUUGGCGGUAGAUUGGAAGAUACCGUGUUGGUGCGUGGUGUCGUUAUCGACAAGGAUUUUAGUCACCCUCAGAUGCCAAAGAGGCUGGAAGAUGUGAAAUUGGCCAUUCUAACUUGCCCGUUCGAACCGCCGAAGCCGAAAACAAAGCACAAGUUGGACGUUACGUCGGUUGACGAUUACCGAGCGUUGCGCGAUUACGAGCGCGAAAAGUUCACGGAAAUGGUGAGACAGGUCAAAGAUGCAGGCGCGACCUUGGCUAUUUGUCAAUGGGGUUUCGACGACGAAGCCAAUCAUCUGCUGCUGCAGAACCAAUUGCCAGCCGUAAGAUGGGUCGGCGGCCCAGAGAUCGAGCUAAUCGCCAUCGCUACUGGUGGCCGGAUUGUGCCGCGUUUUGAAGAGUUGACGCCGGAAAAGCUCGGUCAUGCUGGCGUCGUUAGGGAAUUAACGUUCGGCACGACGAAGGAUCGAAUGUUGGUGAUCGAGGAAUGCAAAAAUUCACGCGCUGUGACAAUCUUUAUUCGCGGUGGCAACAAAAUGAUCAUCGAAGAGGCGAAACGAUCGAUACACGACGCAUUGUGUACCGUGCGUAAUGUCGUCAAGGACAACAAAAUUUUGUACGGCGGAGGCGCGGCAGAAAUAUCCUGCGCGUUAGCGUGCGCGGCACAGGCCGACAAGAUCAGUACUCUGGAACAGUACGCUUUCCGUGCCUUUGCCGAAGCUUUGGAGAGUGUCCCUAUGGCGCUGGCGGAGAAUGCCGGUCUUUCGCCGGUGGACACCAUCGCGGAAAUCAAGGCGCGUCAAUUAUUCGAAAGGAACUCCACUCUCGGUAUCGAUUGCUUAAAUCGUGGCACAGCGAAUAUGAAAAGGCAGAAUGUCAUUGAAACGCUGACGAGCAAAACGCAGCAGAUUUUGUUAGCCACGCAGCUGGUUAAGAUGAUUCUGAAAAUUGACGAUAUACGUUCGCCCAGCGACACCGGCGACGCGCUUUAACAAGCUUAACGCGAGCCAUGUAAUUCUUAUACUGCUAUUAUAUAUGUACAUUUCAUUGUACUAAACAUUUUGUUUUAAUUGGCACCUUCUUCUUCUUUCUACUUUACUACUACUACAACAUACGCGCAUUUGUAACGUUUAACAUUCUGUACAAAUUCUGUGAAAGUUCAACUUGCAUCUGAUCUGAUUGAAAUUGGAAUUUCAUUGAAUCACAUUGUGUUUCAUUCGAUUUGCUGUAACCUAAUUCGAUAACAAUAUAUUUGCGAUACAUAAAAUGUCAA